AAAAAAACUUGCAGGCACCGCCUGCCACAUUCAGAUCGGAACAAAUCACAGGAGGUUUGUCUCGCAGUCUCAUGUCGGUACUGUGUGUGACAGUGUUCAUCGGUCCGACGGGACGUCUGUGCCUGCAGCCUCCACCCACGGGGAGCACUUUGGGCUGCUGAUGCUGGGGGAGAUAAACCGUUUUAUCUCCUGAUCCGAUCGCCAUCUCUUUCUCCCUGCGCAGCACCGGCGGCUUCCCUGGACGCGCUGGAUGGCCGCUGCCUUCAGAAAACCCGCGUGACUCCCUGCUUCAUCAACAUCUGACUCGGAACCCAACAGCAAAAGAACAAAAAAGCCACAGCAGCAACAAUGACAGAUCCGACUACUCAGGAGUCCUGCCCUGUCCCGCAGCCCACUGUCGUGGAUCCGUGCCCGGUACAGAACGGCCAGUGCGCACCGGAUGGCUUCAGCAAUCACCUCCAGCAGAAGAGCCCGAGCCAGCCCGAGACACUGGGCACGGGCCAGGAGAUGAAGAUCACAGACACGGUGGACGGAGAAGGUCUGCUGCAGAGCAGCAUGCGACUGAAACCUCAUGAGGCUCAGAGCUACAGGAAGAAGGCGCUGUGGGUCUCCUGGAUCUCCAUCGUGGUCACAGUCAUACUGGCCAUUGCAGCUUUCACUGUUUCAUUUAUGAGACACAGUGCAUCAGCCUUUGGAUUUGCUUUUGAUGCCACAUUGGAUGUCCUGUCAUCAGCCAUUGUUCUGUGGCGUUACAGCAACGCAGCAGCUAUACACUGUGCACACAGAGAGUACAUAGCAUGUGUCAUCCUUGGAAUUGUGUUUGUCCUCUCCUCCAUGUGCAUCCUUGGAAAGGCCAUCCAUGGUCUGGCUACCAAACUACCCCCGAAAGUGGAUGACUUCCUCUUCAGUGUAUCUAUAGUGAGCGGACUCACAUGCACUGUGCUGGCUGUGCUCAAAUUCAUGCUGGGCAGAGUGCUGACGAGCAGAGCACUCAUCACUGAUGGGUUUAAUUCUCUUGUUGGAGCCAUAAUGGGAUUUUCCAUCCUGAUCAGUGCCGAGGUGUUUAAGCACCACCCUGACGUCUGGUUUCUGGAUGGCACCAUUGGUGUUCUCAUUGGACUCAUAAUUUUGGCAUACGGGGUCAAACUUCUGAAGGACAUGGUCCCCCGUGUGAGACAGACGAGGAAUUAUGAACGCUUUGAGUAAGACACAGCCUGUGUGUGGUUGGAUCAACAGGCUCACACACGCCUCCUCGUGCCCUCUGCUUGCUCCUCGCUGUCUCUCAUUUGCACACACGUGGUCAUUUCUGUCACACACAAAUGGACCCUGCACA